AUGGGCGCUGGUGGUAUUAAUGGAGAGCUAAGAGAUCACUCAGAACACGUUGAUGCUAUAUUUCGCUCGCAUUUUAAUGUAAUUAACGGCAGACCAUCAACAUCUGCAUCGUCUCCCUCUUCCCGUCCGACUCGAGGAACUGCAUCCUCAGGUAGCAGCAGUUCGAAUAUUUCUCUGGACGGUUUCGAAGAAAUGGCCUGUUUUAACUGCAGCUCCAAUUUUACCUUGUUCAAGCGGAAGGUAAUAGCCUAGGUUAAGCGAAUUGGUAGUUUUUUUAGGAUUAAUUCAGCAUCUGGUUUGUUUAUGGCAAGGGUACUUUUAUGCACUGUCUGUCUCGGCUUUUAUAAAAGAUUUGAAUGCUUCACCUUCAGGUAAUGUUUCACUUUCCGUUUUAGCGCAAACGUAAAGGAUUUCAAUCUAUUAAGCGUUGGUAAUUUUGAUCGAUUCCAGACUAGUGGCCAUAAAUAGCAUUUUGUUCCCUAUUAAAUUCAUGUGGUAAUUCUAAUUUUUUAAAAUUAAAUGAUAUAGUUAACAUGAUGUGCCAUUACCAAGAGAACACCUGAUCGAAGAGAAACGAAUGUUCAAAUUAUGUUCUGUACUGUACAGUUUCGAUAUUUUUUAAUGUGAGUUGCCGUAAUCAUCGUUCAGACUGUUUACUUUAAUUUGUCGUUUUCGAGUCCAAAUUAUGUAAUUGCUUAGAUUUUCACGGGAAGGAAUUUCAGAAUAUCAGACAUAAACAAGGGAAUACAUUCUACAGCCAAAGCUUUAUUUAUCCACAAACAGCUAUUUUCCGGUCAUCAUUAUUUAACAGUGCCCUUUAGAUAUUGAUCGGUUCCCAUUCCAAGUAAAUAUUUGAACAUGUUUCUUUCAAUGUUGUGGCAACAUAGAGGUUAUUUACAUUAACAAUUGAGGGUAUACCGACAAGAAUUUUUUUUUGACCAGGUCUAAUUCGGGUAUGAUCCCUUAAAUAUUUCCCAUUUUCUGCUGUUUUUGCUGAUGUACUUAGUGUGAAUAGUAUUUGUUUUGUCUAAGUUUAAAAUGUGUAAUUAUUUAAACCUUUUCUUGUUAAUAUAGUUUCACCUUUAAAGUAGAAAUAUAUGUAAUGUGAAGAUUCUGUGGUCUUCUAGUCAAAAAUUAAUCAGAUUAGCUCCUGCCUUGAUAUUUUGAUGAAAGCUUCAUUUCUUAAAGUUAUUGUAAAGAAAGUUAAAGAUUUACAUCUUCAUAAAUAUUUAGAAAAUAUUAAUUAGCUGAGGCAAUUUUCAAACAAAAUUGUUCCCAUCAGUUCAACUCUUUGAAAUUACUAGACUUGAUCUGUCUGUACUCUCAAUAACUAGGAUUAAUCUAAAUUUUUUAUACCUUAAGAAAUUAAGCUAUUCCCUACUAUAUAACUUAUCUUGGUUUUGAAGUUUUGAAAGCCAUCUUAAUGGUAAUCAAGUUGGAAAGAAAAGCAAACAAAUGAUUGAAUAAACUCAAUAUAGCCAUCAAAGGAUUCUGUUUAUUAAAUUUUAAGGUCCUCUGCACUAUAGUUUGCAUUGUGAAAAUUUUUAUAAAUUAUCCUGUACACUUUUUGGUGUAUUUUUUCCCAAUAGAUUUCAUGUCUUAGUCUGAGCAGAAAAUAUAAAAAAAAAAUGUUUUGGUAAUACCACUUGCCCAAUUCUAAUAUAGGUAGAAUUCUUGAGAGUUUUCAACAUGAAUCCUUUCAAUAAAAGGUAAAAUUGCCAUUUUAAUUCAGUGUUUCAACUUUCAAGUUUUUACCAUAGUAUUGGAUAAAUGAUGAAAACUGGGGUAAAAAAAAACAACUAUGGUAAGGUCUAUUGCUUGUCCAAUAAUAUUCUAGCCUUGGUUGACUUACAUUUCUUAAAGCACUCAUUAUCAGUCAUAGAAGUGGUAGGAAAUCAAGCUAAAAAAUGUACCCAUUGCAUUUGAUCGUAAUAAAAAUUAAUCCAUGCUGAUACCUGAACUACCCCAAACUGCUUGUCACAAAAAUUUCCCUACCACUCCCUUUUAUUGGAAUUUUGUCCCCAACUUGUUACCAUUGUUAGAUGAUAAGUGAACCACUCAGAAUAUGUCUUUUGGACCUUAACUUUGAUGACUGCAGAGGGUAACAGUAAGAUGUUACAAAGCAUCACCAAUGUGAUUGCCAAUCUUAGCUGACAUUGUUCUUUUUCUUUCUAAGGAUUUGUAGUUUAUUUCUGGCUGACACCAUUUUGAUAUGUCCUUUAACAAGCAUGGAAAGACUUGAUUCAUCUCUUAUUUCAUACUGUUCAUCAUUUUAUUUCAGAAUCUAUGUCGAAACUGUAAAAGACACUACUGCAAUGACUGCUUUUCAAGAGAACUUAAAUUUAUUCCAGGAGAGAAUAGCAGACACUGCCUCACCUGUAGAGCCCUUCAAUCCCCAAUUGCAUACAGAGAUCACCUGAUAAGGUUGAAAGUCAAAGACCUCCAAGAAUAUUUAAGGUCUAAACAAAUCUCCAUGAAUCAUUGUAGAGAGAAGCAUGACCUUGUAGAAUUAAUAUUACGGCAUGUAGAGGGAGGAACAAAUACAGCUCCCUCAUCUACUGCGGCUCAGCCUCAACAAGGAAGGCAACCAUCACAGACAAAUCCUUCACAUCCUCAUGCACCAGAUGCCAUUUACACACGGCUAGGUCAGCCAAGGAGUUCGCAUUCUCAACCAUCUCAAAGAACUCGGCCCGUUCAGGUCUGUAUCAUUAUUUAUAGCCAGGAUAUUACUAAUAAUUUAAAGUGACAUGGCACAAAGGGUUUUUUUUUAUUCCUUUUUUUAUUCAAAGUAAUUUACUGGCUUGAUGCAGUGUUCUCUGGCAGGGAGUUUUAAUAGGCCAGCCAUAAAUAAAGAAAAACUCUUGAAGAUAGGAGUAGCCAGUGACAUUACUGGACACCAUUGCUUCUGGAGAACACUGAGGAUGUCUUCUCCAAUUUUGUCUUUGAUAGCCUUCUUUAACCCAUCAACUCCUAAAGGUGAUUAGCAUCUGGUUUGCAAUAUCACCCCUGGGAGAAACAUUAAGGUCACAAAUAAGCCCUUGAUUGUUUAACAAAUUCUCCUUGUCAGUACCAAAAGAAAUGUAUAGACGAGAGUGUGGAGAGUGUGGAGAAUAUGGAUACUGAUGUUAGGGUGUAAAGGGUUAAGUGUUCAUCAAGCAAGAUGAUUAUGAGGAGCCCUUAAUUUAUUGUUCUUCUUUAUUGUCAAGGUUCCCCCCUCUGCACCACCUGCCUCUCUGAAUAAGAGUCUGAGUGAAAUCAAGAAUGUAGAUGAAGUGCAAGAGCUUUCUGUGAAAGAACUCAAGUGUAUUCUUAGGGCAAAUUUUGUGGACUUCACGGGCUGCUGUGAAAAGGAAGAGCUCUUAGAGCGAGUUAGAACCCUCUGGAAUUCUAAACAAGAAUAUAUCAAAAAGAAAAGUAAGUACCAAGAUCAUGUACAUUUCUCUGAAAGGAUUUUUUUGGGCAACAUUUCUUGUUUGUUUUUGUGGAAAGAGGGUUCGCAAGUAAUCAUGUUUCAAAAGAAUGAAGAGAAAACUUGAUAAGUCUAGAAACAGCAGGCACAGCUACAUCUUCAUCACUGUUACAAACAUCUUGUGAUUACUUUUUGAAGGUGUUGAUAUGGAAUAACAAGCAGUACAAGACUCGUUAAUUGCACUGUCUUAUUUCAGAAUUGUUUAAUUAAAACAUGAACGUUGCUAAAAUUAAAGUGCCUUAUAAAUGACUGAGUCAAAAACGUUCCCUUACCAUAAACAAAGUUUGCCAGCCGUCAGUUCUUAUUUGCAAUUACAAUUGUUCCAAAGUCUGCCAUGUCAGCUGUCAGGAUAAACAUAAGUUAUUCCUAUGCACAAGCCAGGAGGUCUUUUUUGGGAAAAACUGUGCCAGAUGUCUCGCAGAGCACAGAUGGGCUCAGUUUUUCCCAAUACCAACCAACCCUGGCUGGUGAAUAGCUUUGUCAUUUUGUUCUAAGACCUAAAGAAAUGCUUGCAAAAGGAAUAUAAAUAAUUUAAGGGUGCAAGUACUGUACAGUGGUUCCAAAGUCAAAUAAAAAUAAAAGUCUUUGACGUUCUCACUUUAGACUCUUUUUUUAACACUCAACAAAUCAUUCAGAAGGUCAAGCUUCGAUUAACUUUUUAAACUGAUUUUAGCAAGUUUUUUAAGGAGCCAAAAUGUUAUAUCCUAAAUGUUAGUCCAUGGGUUAUUUUGUAGUUCUAGUCCCUAUAAUGAGGAUAUUGUACAUUGAUUUCCUCUGUUACGGUAAAUUUGUCCUAUCAACAAUAUUAUUAAAUUAUAAGUAAUUUAUGAACGCUUGUGAAAUAGUUUUACUUCUAACUAACGACCCACCUAGAACAGCACUCAAACAAGCUGCUGUGGUCUCAUGAAAACCUAUAAACAUGAAUCCAAGUUGUAAAAUGUAUUUAAUAACUACACAUGUAUGUAAAUUCAAGUAUGUCAACUUCAGAAUGUAUUUUCCUAACUGCUUUGUUUCCUUCCUUCUUUUUUUUUUUUGUCAGGUACAAUGACACCUGAUUAUGAUGAUAGUGAGGACCAGUGUAAGAUUUGUAUGGAUAAUGGAAUAGAUUGUGUUCUACUUGAGUGUGGUCACAUGGUCACUUGUACAAACUGCGGCAAGCAGAUCUCAGACUGUCCAAUUUGUCGACAACAUAUUUCUAGGAUUGUGCAUGUGUUUAAAGCUUAA